GAGUGUCGUGGCCACUUGGUACUCCGAGAUGAACAGCGACAACAGAGAAAAACAAUCGUUGCUCAUCUUUUGCUCCUCUCAUAAGUUUUUGUCUCUUCUCGACAUUAUUUGCGUCAUCGAUGAUUAUGCGACCAUGCAUGGAGGAGCGUGGGAGGACCAAGUUUCGUCUGGAAAGCCCGAGACGCCUUCUAUAUAACUUCUCCAGAUGGAAUCAACCCCAACAACGUCGCCUCUCGGAAACCACGCUGGGGAGCCAACAAUCUCUUGAGCAAGAACUGUAAUUCUGUGGUUACCUUUGGCGGUGAUGAUGGGUGACGAGAGCGAGAUGAAUCAUGGACAGCAGGCCGAGAAAUUUCGAGUCUUUAACGGGAGAGAGCAAUUCCCGUCGUCGAACGUGCUCCACACGGUCACGGCGCUGCUGAUAUGGCUCGGCGCGAUCCACUUCGACGCCAUACUCGUGCUCUUCUCUCUCCUCUUCCUUCCUCUCUCCAAAGCCCUCCUAGUGGUUGGGUUGCUCGUGGCUUUUAUGGUGAUUCCCAUAGACGAUCAGAGCAAAGUGGGUCGGAAGUUGUCCAGGUACAUAUGUAAGCAUGCUUGCCGUUAUUUCCCGCUGACCCUGCACGUGGAGGAUAUGACAGCCUUUGAUCCUAGUCAGGCUUAUGUAUUCGGCUACGAACCUCAUUCGGUUCUGCCGAUUGGUGUCGUUGCGCUGGCUGACCUUACUGGGUUCAUGCCUCUCCACAAGAUAAAAGUCCUCGCCAGUACUGCCGUCUUCUACACACCAAUUGUGAGGCACAUCUGGACAUGGUUGGGUCUCACACCAGCAACGAGGAGAAAUUUUGCUUCCCUUUUGGAAGCCGGUUAUAGUUGUAUCAUCGUGCCUGGUGGCGUUCAGGAGACAUUUCUUAUGGAGCACGACUGCGAGAUUGCAUUCCUCAAAACUAGAAGAGGAUUCAUCCGCAUAGCAAUGGAGACGGGCCGACCUCUGGUUCCAGUUUUCUGCUACGGCCAAUCCCAUGUCUAUAAGUGGUGGAAGCCCAGCGGGAGGAUUUUCUUGCAAACGUCCAGGGCUAUCAAGUUCACCCCGAUUUUCUUUUGGGGAAUUCUUGGGACUCCUUUACCCUUCCAGCGGCCGAUGCACGUGGUGGUAGGGAAACCGAUUGAGUGCAAGAGGAACCCGAACCCCACCAUUGAAGAGGUAAAGGAAGUUCAGAGUCUGUUUGUUGAAGCUAUGAGAGAUCUUUUCGAGAGGCACAACGCGCGACUUGGGUAUCCUGAUCUUCAGCUGAAAGUUCUUUGAGCCGAUCGCAACCGGCAGCGCACUUUGUGGGGAUGCUUAUCAAGUCACCGUAGUAAGU